AAUACUAAAAGCGUUUGACGAAUAAACGGUGGGAGAUCUUGUCUAUUACGUUAGGGGAAUAGUUUUCAUUGCAAAAUAUAAUUCGGAAAAAUAUAAACAAAAAAGAAAAGUUAUAUUAAGGUGUAACAUUGAACAAAGAAAAACAGAAUAAUAAAACAAUGUCGGCAUUAUCUUGGAAGUUUGUGGCGGUUAUAUUGUGUGCGUAUAUUAUAGUGGCAUAUGCGCGACCUCAAGCUCCUGAACAACCUGAACCGUACGAAUACAAUUAUGAAGUCAAAGAUCCAGAAAAGGAAUUAUUUUUCAAUAAAAAUGAAGCCGGCGAUGCACAAGGCAAAGUAUCUGGUCAAUAUUCGGUAUGGUUACCCGAUGGUAGAUUAAUGACAGUCGCUUACACUGUUGAAGGUGAAAAUGGUUUUGUACCAAAGGUUACUUUUGACACCAACAAUCCAUUGGGUUAAAUAGCCAGCAGUUACCAUCGAUCAGGGAGCAAUAACAACAACAAGAAAAAUUAAAAGAAAAUUUAGAAAAAAAAAUAACGAUUUUGAAGAAAAAAACUGAAAAAUUGUUAAGAAAAAGAAAGAAAAUCAACACCUACAACUUCAAUAUCCUUUGUU